AAGUAGAUAUCGAAGAAAAAUUAAGUAAAAAAGGUGAACUUAAAAGAUGCAAAGUUCUGGAUGCUAACGGAAACAAAUGCAGAACUUAUUAUGUUAAUGAUGGUUCAACUGAAAAUGCUAUCAACCUCUUAUUAAACAAUUAUGAAAUAACUAAUGAUAGCAAAAAAAAUCAAAAUCAGACAACUCUUUCAACUAUUGUAAAAAUUCAAAAACAUAAAGAAAGUCAGCAAUAUGUACUAUAUCAAUUUCUAACUGAUUGGAUAAUAAAUGAUCUUUAA